CAAGGACGGAGAAAGAGUCGAUUAGGGCAAUCCGGGAAAUGGCGAUGGCGAGGUGAGCUCGCGGCGGGGCAAGGCGCUGGCGCCUUGGCGAGUUUUCUAGACAAGAAAUUCUUGGGGUUUUAGGGUCGCCGGAUCGAUCGAUUCCAGCGGUGGAGUAGACGCUAGGUCUCAAAUUCUGGCACGGCUCCUGGCUGUGUCUAGCUUGAGUGCGCGCAAGGGUUUCGGUGGUGGCCACAGCUUUUUGCUCGGGCUAGCUUGCGAAGCGGGACUUUUUUCGAGCUGGGCUGUGAAUACAAGCGAGGGACAGGAUAGAGGAAUUUGGUGAGGAGCGCGCGUAGAAAAAAUCAUUCAUUGGGGAAUUUGCUGGGUGGGAUUGAUAUAGCGAGGCCUCUUUUUUUGGUUCUUAGUGUGAAUUAUGGACGCAUAGCGGCAAUCCAAGUGGGUUAUGCAAGAAGAGGAGAUUUUCGAGGGGAUGAGAAACGAUGCCAGCUCGAGAAGCCCCCGCUUUGGGGUAGCACGGAAUGGUAGCAGCAAAUUCACCUGGAGAGCGAUCUCCAGCUACCUGCGUAGCGUUUCUGCUGGGAAUAUCGCUGCUACUGUACGCACCGCGAGCUCUUCGGUAACUUCUACAGCCUCUCACGAGGAGGACAAGCACCGAGAACAGGUGCAAUGGGCCUCGCUGGACACUCUGGAAGUUGGCCCCGGCCUGUUUCGUCAUGUGUUGUUACUCACGUAUCUCCACGGUUUUCAAGUCUGGGACCUGGAAGAUGCCGGCAGCGUAAGAGACAUCGUAUCAAAACGCGAUGGACGUGCUGCAUUCCUGCGGCUCAAGCCAUUAACCGAAAGUCAAGCUGGAGAACUCAAGGAUGUGGAGCCUCUACUGCUGGUUGUUACGGGGGACUACGCUAGGGGGAACUCUGGCGGCAACGGAACAGUGAGGGCCGUGCACCCGCAUUUCGUUCCAACCGUAGUUCGCUUCUAUUCUUUGAGGACGCACAACUACGUCAAGGAGCUGCGCUUCCGGACUGGUAUUUAUGCUGUUCGGUGCAGCCGACGCCUGAUUGCCGUUGCUCUCGCCAACCAGAUCUAUGGCUACGACGCCGACACCCUUCAGACUAUUGUCAGUGUGUUGACUUAUAGUAUGCCUAGUACUGGGCUGGGAGCAGCCAACGCUGGAUAUGGAGCCUUGGCGCUCGGUCCCAGGUGGAUGGCUUACCCAGCCAACCAACCGUUUAUGUCCUCCGUUGGUCGCGUUUCCCCGCAGCACCUGAUAUCCCCGGGGAUCAGCCCGUCUACGUCACCUGCGAGUGGUGGCCUGGUUGCUCACUAUGCUAUGGAGUCGAGCAAGCAGUUGGCAGCGGGGAUCAUGACACUUGGUGAUAUGGGAUACAAGACUUUGUCCAAGUACUGCUCCGACUUGUUGCCGGAGGGUGCAAGUAAUGGAGCUAGUACUGAAACCGAGUACGCGGGAACUGUGAUUGUGCGGGAUUACGUAGAGAACAAAAUCAUCGCGCAAUUCCGUGCGCAUUCCAGCCCGAUAUCUGCACUUUGUUUCGAUCCGAGUGGAACGCUUCUCGUUACGGCGUCCGUGUACGGCCACAACCUGAAUGUGUUCCGCCUGACUCCGACAGCAGAUGCAAAGGCCUCGCACGUGCACCUUUACAAGCUCUGUAGAGGCGUUACAAAUGCGGUUAUCCAAGACAUCAGUUUCAGCCACGACAGUCAUUGGAUUUCGGUAAGCACUUCCAGGGGCACUAGUCAUCUGUUCGCUAUUUCACCCUUCGGUGGAGGUGUCGGGCCUCAGACCCAUGGCGCCUGCUCGGUGGAUCCUUUCACCGGGCCCAUGGUGGUUCCUACACCGGCCUAUCCUUGGUGGACUAGCAACGGCCCGCUUCGUGCUUCUCAACAGGCUCUACCGCCGCCGCCGCCCGCAAUCACUCUAUCCGUGGUAAGCAGGAUAAAGAAUGGACUGGGGUGGCGAGGGACCGGACGGCCUAAUGGCUCCAGUGCAAGUAGCGGGGCUGUGGCAGCCGGGUUUCACGACGGUGACUGUGGAAGCUCGGAAGGCGGGAACUGUAGCCUGAGGGAUAAACUGUGGGUGCUUUGUCCGUCCGGCUACCUUACGAAAUACUUGCUGAGACCAUGCACAGGGGGGGAGGGAGGAUACAGUACAGAAGGAUCGAGCAGUCCGGGGCAGUCUCAGGAUUUGAGGCUAAUCGUGGAGCCGUCUGAGAAGUGGGAUAUCUGUCGGCGAAAAGAUUGGCUCGAGCGCGAGGCCAGCUACCCGGACGAGCAGUCUCUGAAAACUGAGAUGAAAGUGGAGGAGCUGCAACGCUGGUACAUGUCCAACGCCGAAGUACAGAUUAGCCAAGCACGGCCGCUCCCGAUUUGGGCCAAGCCUAAUGUGUACUUCCAUGCACUACUGGUGAAGGACAAUCAAGAGCUCGAAAUAGAAAAGAUGCCGCACCAGGUGAUUGAGAUCCGAAGAAAGGACUUGAAACCUCUGGUGGACAGGCUCCAGCAAAGAGACGGAAUUGCGGUCCCGAAAUACCGCUUGCAUAACAACUUGGAGACGCAAAUCCAGCGAUCAAGUAGUGGAAGUAGCUUUGGAUCCGAAGGCCCUUUAGUUGACUCGUCCUGUGGAUCUAAUGGCUUCCACCAUAACUAUCAAGGAUCUGAUGUGUAUAUUACGGCGGCAUCUCCAGGAGGGAUGCUGCAGAACGAUUUAUUCAGUGCGAGCUGCUUGCAUGGUAAUCACGUCUUAGCUGCGGUUCCAAACCCGACAACAGCUCCGGCCGAGGAAGCGAUUGCUGCAGCGUCGAUGGCCAAUGAGUUGCAGGAUCCCGGCCCAGCUCUGGAACCCGAGCCUGCUGCGGCGGUGGACUGUGAAGCAGGGAAUGCCGAGAACGAGGCGCAGCAGAGUCACGGCGCAGAGAGCUGGGAAGGAGCAAUGUUUCCCUUCUGUGAAGAAGACUAGUCUUACGUCGUUGGAGUGGAAGGAAUAAUGGAAGAAGAUGAUGGAAGUAUUCUAGCAGUCUUGUUUUGUGGAGUGCGAUGGACGCUAUGGGGCCGACGAUGUAAGCCAAAGUUUUUGAGCGUGCUUACUUUGACUGCAGAUUUAACACCCAAGUUCCAGGCUGAGAAAAAGAACAAAAAAAUUCGAAAACAGAGAAAAAAACCAACGAAAUUACCAUUGGAUUCCAACGAAGAAAAACGAGCAAAAAAAAAAAAAAAAAAAAAGAAUAAACCGGCUGGGAAUGCUUGUAUGUAGUUACCUCCAAGCCCUCUUGAUUUUUUACAGCGUUGUAAAUACUCUUGUACAGAGAUAAAGAAAAGAAGUUUUUACCUUUUUA